AUGGCGGACUCACAGCAACGCCUAGAGGGAGAGCACAGCAUCGCGCUCGAACAGUCGCUCAGCAGCCCAAAGGCAGAGUCAGAGUCAGUCGAGACCGCUCAGACCGCCACCACAACCCUUGUUGCUCUCUCAGGAGAGCAUUCAAACGAGUUUCCAGACGCGAUUCCUCCUCAUCUAUGGUACCAACACCAACCCUUUACAGCCGGCCAAGUUGCUCUGUUCCAUGAGACGCCGUUGGGGAAACUGCCCGGAGAGAUCCGCACCAAGAUCUGGGAUUACCUUGCUGCCACGGAACCCGAGAUUGACAUCACGGUGCGCCUGCGCUUCACCGGGCUCCGCUCCCCGCCCAGAUUUCGGUCCCAGAAAAUCAUGCGGCUCGCCGGUGUCUGCCGGCAGAUGAGGGCAGAGGUCUUCGAAACCAUGCAGAGGAGCGUCUGGUUUGUGCAACGGUCGAGCAAAUUUCUGCACGAGACGAUUGACCACUUGCGUGGCGGGAACAUGCUCCGACACAUCUGUUUCCUGUACCUGGACGAAGACUGGUUUUUGUCAGCUUACCACGAAACCCGCUUUGCGCUGGUACUUUCAGAGAUCUGCGAAAGCCUGCCGAACCUCGUCCGCUUCCGAAUGAGCACCAACGAAGCCAAGCUAAACGAUCAGGUCCGAGAGCGAACGCGCGAUCUUUUGCGCUUCGGAGCAUUCCUGGUAGCGAGGCAUCCAAACCUUGACCUGCUCAUCUGGCCAGGCGACUCCGGUCAGACGCACGAGCCAGGACAAACAAGAGUCGUCCUUUAUAUCGACGUGGCUUCGAGCAAACACUUCCGCGAUAGGUGGUCGUACAGAGAACCGACGCCGAAGUACCUGAACGAGCGGGACGGGGAGAACGACGAACUCAGCAUGGUUGAGGAUCGCCUGUUGAACGCCACGAUACUGCGACGACUGCACUUCGAUGAUAUCCUUCACUUUGAUGUCGACGACUUCGCCAUCGACAGAGAGAAUAACGCGUCCUCGGAAAUUGACGAGGGACAUGGUUAUUUCGCUCAAGUCGACAACGAAGGUUAUCUGCCUGCAUGGCAGCGCAAAGAAUUGGGCAAGCACUACAUCCCCGUGGACAGUUUGAUUGAUAUCUGCGAGAGGAGGAUGCGGAGGGCGAUGAACAACGGCACUUUUCAGACGCGAGCGGCGGGUGCUCGUCCGUCUCGUGGUCGUGGUCGUGGUCGUGGUCAGGCUCGGGGUGGCCGAGGCGGGGGAAGAAGUUGGGGAGGCGCGAGAGGAGCCGCGCGUGGUGGGCAGUUACAUGUGCCGGCGGGAGGUGCCCGGCCAGUGGUCAACCACGAUCACGCUGGACACGCAGAGUCUAGUGCCCGUGCUCGAGGUCGAGGUCGAGGUCGAGGUCGCGGAUCGUCUCGUGGCCGUGCCGGUCGAGGAAACCGUUACAGAGCUUCCGCUCAGCGUCGAGGUAACCACUGA